GCGCAAUCGAAGUUUGUUUUUGUUUUGAUCGUAUCGGGCUUCUCGGACGGGCAGAAAGAAGACUAGUAAUAAAACAUCAGUGAUCAUGGCCCUCAUAUCCCCGCCGAGUGACCAUCUGAACGAAAUCCCCAGAAGCCUACUGGACAGGCUGCUGUUUGUGGAAAGGAUCGUGUUGGGUCGGAACAGUUCAGUGCUUGCUGUGAUUACCGCGGAUCGCCAACUGCUGGAAGUGAAAGAACGAUCGAUCGUCGCCUGCGUUGAUUUGGGUGGUGGGAGUGGGGUUGAAGACGUUGGACGCAGUGUGCAUGAACCGCCAGUGGUUUCUAGCAUUUUUGGAACAUUGUCCCCAAAAGAAAGUGAUGAGAGUAGGGACCAAAGGAUCGUUUUGACGGUGUUUCGUUCAUUCGAUGGAUCGGACAGAAAAUUGUUCUAUCUGUUGGAACUGGAUAGAAAGUUGCUAGUCGUGGAAAGGGAACAAAGUCCUUGUGUGAAAUUUGUGCUUCGUGAAUCAUUCGAAGGAUUUAUCAAACUUUUGAUAACGGAACGAGAUGACCGAGUCGGGUGUCCGGUUAUAAAAAUCUAUGUCGAACAACAGCUGGAACCGAUUGUAACCGACUUCCACGCACACCGGGUGGAGUCCAGUGCUGCCAGUGUGAACAAUUUCACCUGUUUCCACGAGAUUUUGAAAUCGUUGAAAGAGCGCGUGAAUCAACGGCGGGCGGAGUUGGCCGCGCUUCAAACUGUGACCGGGGAGUUGUUCGAGCGGAUGAAUGGGCAGUUGAAGCAUGUUCCCAGCUUGCUGCGUACGGAGAAUCCCGACGAGAGACAGCCUCUGGUGAAGUACGGAGACGUUUGGACCAAGGUGCAUAACGAUCGGCUGGUUAUUGGAGUUCCGGUUUUCAAUUGCACCUAUAAGAGAUGCCUCACCCUUACAAAUUUAAAGUUGUUCGUCAAGAGCUUGACGCAACAACAACCAUUCGAGUACAGCUGCAAAUACUACCAACUGAAGGACGAUGACUUCAAUUUCAAAAACUUGGAGCAAAUCUUGGAAGCCGAAGACAUCAUCUCCGAUGUUCCACUCUUUCAGCAGGAAUGGGAACAGCCGAAGGUCAACGCUCUGCACUCAGGUCAAACAGGAAUUCUGGUAGCCACUACCAAGCUUUCCAGCUUAGAUACUCUGCAGCUAGCCACCGUUUUCGAAUGCUUUGUAUCGUACGACGUGGCGACAACCGGACAAGACUCCUGCCCGCGUCUCCAACUGUUUGUGGGCCUAGUGGAAGUCAAACGAACCGAUUUGUACAGUACCAAUCUUGCAGCUGGUUUCAGCGGACGCGACACUUUCAAAGACUUGCUGUCGGUUACGGCCACUUCGCAGUUUCUGGCGCUGGAAAUCGCAUUCCAAAAGGUACCGAUACGCGGUUUCGAUAGGUUUUGCCUCGAGACACUCAAGUUCAGAUCGGUCAAUUUGGGCUCUGCUGCCGUGGAACUGCACCAACAGGAACUUCCCAAUAUUCUCUAUUAUGAUGAUAACGGAUACUGGCGGUCGAUGUUGAUAAGAUUGGAUGAGUUAAAGCAGACGCGACAAAAAAUAAAAAUAUACUGCACGAAUUCCCAUCAGAUUUUGGCACUGCUACAUGCUAUUUACUCCGAUUACGAGGAGAAAUGUUCAAUCAAUUUGAUUGAGGAUCAAUCAACCAAUGUGAUGGACUUCAAGGAAAGCCUUCUGAAUGAGUUGACUGCCAAAAUCGAAAAUCCUUCGGACGUACGAAGUAUUCUACUACAAGAACUGAAAACUGAUUCGCUUUAUUCAAAAUCAACCAUCUAAGUACAACAUUA